GAGUUUGUGAGAGUUGAGUGUUGAGGGUUUUCUUAGCUACAUUUACUCAGUUACAGAAGGAGAGGAGAAGACGACGAGUCAGAUUGUCUGUGCUGCUCAGACUCCGUGUCCGUGCGCGUGUCAGGUGUUCGAGGUUUUUUUUUGUGUUCGGAAAAGACAAUUCUGGAACAGGUGGACUUUAAACCAGGACAACAUGUGGUCCGUGCGACCACUUGGAGAGCAGGGGCGCCCUGCUCUUGGGGUUGACUGCUAAGCAUGAUAGAGAAGAAUCCACCAACUACCAGUAAUCUUAACCUGGUAAACUCAGAAGUUUCUGACCCAUCAGCUGAUCCAGAUACACUGGACGGGAUCGACAUGGCCGACCUUGUGGAAAGCUUGGAUGCCAGAGAGCUGGAUAUAGGCGACGGAGAGGAGAACGACUACGAUGGGACCUACUUAGGGGACUGUCGUAUUCAAUUUUCAGCAGUGUACAACACUGUGGGCUUCAAGGAGGCCAGCGCUAAAGUCUACCUCCCCACUGUGCCCAUCACUGCUCGCAUCAUGGAGGUAGAGAGGUUCACCACGGCUCAGGAUCGAUUCAACCUGUCCCAACACCGCAGUGUCAACAAGUCUCUUCCAGCUGUUUUCAAGAUUGAGCUGAAACACGGUGAGUUCACCUGGAUGGUGAAGAGGAAGGAGAAACAUUUCAUGGAGCUUCAUCGAGAGCUCAGGACUUACAAGACCUUCAUGAGGAUUCCGCUGCCAUCACGCAGCCACACGGUGAGGAGAAGAACGGUGAGGAAGAGUGAGGUGAGGGAGAUGCCGUCCCUGCCCAGGGGGGGCAGCGAUGAGCUGGUGCGAGACGAGCAGGUCUCCAGUAGGAGGAGACAAUUAGAAGACUAUUUGAACAAGUUGCUGAGGAUGGCCUUGUACCGCAAAUAUCACCACACUAUGGAGUUCAUUGAUGUCAGCCAGAUGUCCUUCAUUCAUGACCUGGGCCCCAAGGGACUGGAGGGCAUGAUCUACAAGCGCUCAGGAGGACACCGUAUCCCUGGGAUGAAUUGCUGUGGUCAGGGUAAAGCCUGCUAUCGCUGGUCCAAACGCUGGUUGGUGGUGAAAGACUCCUGUUUGCUGUACAUGAAGCCAGACUCUGGAGCCAUCUCCUUCGUUCUUCUGGUGGAUAAAGAGUUCAGCAUCAAGAUGGAUUCUAAAGAAACAGAGACCAAACAUGGAGUUCGGGUCGACAGUCUAUCCAGGACGCUGGUGUUCAAAUGCAGCAGCUACAGACACGCCCGCUGGUGGGGUCAGAGCAUCGAGAGCUUUGUGAGGGACCAUGGGAAAGCCUUCCUGCGGGAUCAUCUUUACACAAUGCUGAGUCCAGAGAUCUUCUUAAAGAGACCAGUGGUGGAGGGAAACAGGUGGAGACUGGACUGUAUCCUCAAGCGCAAGGCACAACAGGGAGUCCGGAUCUUUGUGAUGUUGUACAAGGAGGUGGAGUUGGCUCUGGGCAUCAACUCGGGCUACAGCAAACGGACAUUAAUGCACCUGCACCCAAACAUUAAGGUGAUGCGUCAUCCAGACCACGUCUCCUCCUCCGUCUACCUGUGGGCACAUCAUGAAAAGAUCAUUGUCAUCGACCAGUCUGUGGCAUUCGUGGGCGGGAUUGACCUUGCGUAUGGUCGCUGGGAUGACAGGGAGCACAGGCUCACCGACGUUGGCAGUGUGACGCGCUCUUUGGCCAUGGAGCAGGCUGGUUCCACCAACACCCCCUCCACAAAGGCCGUGCCAUCUGCUGACAUCGCCCCCCAGAGCAACGGACAGAGAACGGUGACGCCCCCUCCACCUUCACCGUCUCUGCCCAGUGAUCCUGUGAAUUUGCCCAAAUUGAAGGGGAUUGGACGGCACAGGAUUGCUCGCUUCAGUCUGUACAGACACCUGCAUAAACACGCGGUGCAGCACGCAGACAGUGUCAGCAGUGUGGACAGUGCUGGGAGUGGUUCAGUCAAAAGUCUGAAGACAGGUGUUGGAGAAUUACAGGGAAACACGCGGUUCUGGCACGGAAAAGACUACUGCAACUUUGUGUACAAAGACUGGAUCCAGCUGGAAAAACCAUUUGACGACUUCAUUAACAGAUACACCACUCCCAGAAUGCCUUGGCACGACAUCGCCUCAGUGGUUCAUGGUCGAGGUGCCAGAGAUGUGGCCAGACACUUCAUUCAGCGGUGGAACUUUACUAAGAUCAUGAAGCCAAAGUAUCGCUCUCUGUCUUAUCCCUUCCUGCUGCCCAAAUCCCACUCCACUGCCAACGAGCUCAGAUACCAGGUCCCUGACAGUGUGGAUGCCAAAGUACAAGUGCUGCGCUCAGCCUCAGACUGGUCUGCAGGUAUCAAGUACCACGAAGAGUCCAUCCACACGGCCUACAUCCAGGUUAUCGCCAAGAGCAAACACUACAUCUACAUCGAGAACCAGUUCUUCAUCAGCUGCGCUGACAACAGGACAGUGUUCAACAAGAUAGGAGACGCCAUCAUUGAAAGAAUCAUCCGAGCACACAAGGAGGGUAAAAAGUACCGGGUUUACGUCGUCACUCCGCUGCUUCCUGGCUUUGAGGGUGACAUCACUACAGGAGGAGGAAACGCCAUUCAGGCCGUCAUGCACUUUAACUACAGGACUAUGAUCCGAGGAGAGUACUCCAUUAUAUCCCAGCUGAAAAGAGAGAUGGACGAGCAGUGGAUGAACUACGUCUCCUUCGCUGGUCUGAGGACCCACGCUGAGAUGGAGGGACGUCUGGUCACGGAGCUCAUCUACGUCCACAGCAAGAUGCUCAUCGCCGACGACAACACAGUGAUCAUCGGUUCUGCCAACAUCAACGACAGGAGCAUGCUGGGUAAACGUGACAGCGAGGUAGCAGUGAUCGUUCAGGACUCUCAGAAAGUGGCUUCUAUGAUGGACGGCCAAGAGUAUGAAGCUGGACCGUAUGCUCUACAGCUGCGUCUGGAAUGUUUCAAGACCAUCCUUGGAGCUCACACUGACAGCAGCAUUGACCUGUCUGACCCCGUCAGUGACCGCUUUUAUAAGGACGUGUGGAUGACCACAGCUGGACGAAAUGCUACCAUCUAUGAGAAGGUUUUCCGCUGCCUUCCUUCAUCUCUGGUUAGGAACAUGUCAGAGCUGGAGCAGUUCCAGUCCAUACCAGGGCUGGCUCAGACCGACCUGACCCGGGCUCAGGAGGAGCUGCGUAAAAUCCGAGGCUUUUUGGUCCAGUUUCCUCUGGACUUUCUGUCGGAGCACAACCUCAUGCCCUCUGUGGGAAGCAAGGAGGCCAUGGUUCCUACUGAGAUCUGGACUUAAGGAUGGAUAAAACCACUGCCUGGGAUAAAAAAAAAACAACUGCAGUGAAUUUGCAGUAAAUUUCAUUCACUAAUUUAAAGAUGAGAUGACAGAGAAGGUUCACAGCUCUGCUGGACUGGAUCUUUCUUUUUUUCCAAACUCUUUCAUCAGCGGUCAAAGAGUCAGAGGCCAAGCACUAAAACGUGGGGUUGUAUGAAGGAGAAAGCAACGACAAAUGUUUGGUGUAUGAUCUCCUGUCUGACUGCACUCAGACACCAGUCAUCAUUAAAAACAGGCACAUGAACUUUAGGAUGUUGGGAAACAAGCUUCCCUCUGGACACUGUUGGAAAAAGUUUUGGAAUUUUUCCAGGGACCAGGUGAGAAAGUAAGAAAAUCUAAGACAACAUCACAGCUUCUUAAACCAACAAUAGCUAGCUUCUGGUUAAAGAAAUAACAAAAGAGACGAGA